CAUGAUCAAUUUAGUAGUACACGGGUAUUGCAAAAACUUAAUCAUAUAUACUAUAAUUUGACAAUUAAACACCAAAAGAAUGUUUAAUCGACGUCACAUAUAAAAGUAUGAUAAAUAUGCACCUAAGUGAUGACACCUACAACGGUAGCAAAAAAUCUAUUACAGCAAAACUAAACCUGUCGGCUAUUGAAAUAAAGACGUUGAUGACGUCUAUGCGUAAUCGAUAUUAUUUCGCAACUAUUCGUUUAUAACUAUUAUUGCAAUUGAUGAAGUAUUUUUAGUAGUUCGCUUGGCUUUGUUGUUGUUGUAAGAACAAUGGUUCAAGUGCGAGUUGAAGAAGGGAUCCUAGAAGGAGAGAAAGUCGGUAAUGCGUUUGGAGUACCGUUCUACAGCUUCAAGGGAAUACCGUACGCGCAGCCACCCAUCGGAGACCUCAGGUUUAAGGCACCCGUACCUCCCAAACCUUGGAGUGGAAUUCGCAAAGCCAAAGAGUUUGGACCGAUGUGUUACCAGUAUGACAUGUUUUUCGACAAGGGAGCUCGGAGUGGCAGCGAAGACUGCUUAUAUCUCAACGUUUAUACACCAGACGUUAACCCUGAGAAACCACUGCCUGUCAUGUUCUGGAUCCACGGUGGAGGACUAAUAACUGGUAGUGGCAACGAUAACUUCUAUGGCCCCGAGUUCCUAUUGAGACAAGGUGUUGUCGUUGUUACCAUUAAUUACAGACUAGAAGUAUUUGGUUUCCUUUGCUUGAACACUGCAGACGUGCCUGGUAACGCUGGAAUGAAAGAUCAAGUCCAGGCUCUCAGGUGGGUGAACAAAAACAUUUCUAACUUUGGAGGAGAUCCAAACAAUAUCACCAUAUUUGGGGAAAGUGCUGGCGGGUGCAGUGUGAGUUACCACUUAGUAUCACCAAUGUCGAAAGGUUUGUUCAAGAGAGCUAUAUGCCAGAGCGGUGUGAAUCUUUGUCAUUGGAUACAAAGUUAUUAUCCUCGAUACAAGGCCCUAGCAUUGGCCAGGAAACUGGGAUUCUACUCUGAGGAUGAUAAAGAAUUAUAUGAGUUCUUAAAAAAACAACCAAAGGAAGCUUUGGUCGAGAUUCGUGUGCCAUUAACACUUUUCGAAGCAUUAGAUCAACCUAAUGUUUAUUUUAGUAUUGUGGAUGAACAAGAAUUCGGCAACAAUGAAAGAUUUUUCUAUGGUGGCCUUAUAGACGCUGUUUCCAAUGGCACACAUGAGGGAGUAGAUAUAAUGGCAGGAUAUACUGCCGACGAUGGUGUUUUAGCAUUGGGCAUCAUAAAAGAUCUAGAAAAAAUACUGAUAACAGCGAGAAACUUCCCACAGUUUUUCGUUACAGAUAAUUUUGGAUACCAACUUUCAGUAAAAGAUCAGAUAGAAAUGGGCAAGAAAAUAAGAAAUUACUAUUUAAAAAGCAAGGCUAAAUAUAACUGGAAGGAUUUGGCAAGGUAUUAUUCAAUGCUCUUGUUUGUAAUGCCCACAGUUAAAUGGCUCACACUUUGUGCUGGAACACAAAAGAACAAAACAUUUCUGUACAAGUUUACAUGCAAGACUAAACGCAAUGUCAUCGCCUACCUAGUAGGUUUAAAAGAUCUACUUCAAGGUGAAACUGUUGCAUGUCACGCUGAUGAUCUUAUGUACCUGUUUAACGCUCACGGGGUUGCUCUGCCUCUUACUGUAAAUUCUGAUGACUUUAAAAACAUUGAAAGAAUGAAAAAACUUUGGACUAACUUUGCUAAAUACGGAAACCCAACUCCUGACGACUCUUUAGGAGUAAUCUGGAAACUUUACACCACCGAAAACCAAGAUUAUCUCGAAAUAGGAAACAAAUUAUGUACGGGAACAUUUCAGGAUGGAAAAGAAUUACAGUUCUGGAAAAAUACCUUACAAGAGUUUGGUCAAGAAAUGUAAAAAACUGAAGUAUUUGUAUAUUUUGUUUGGGG